CAAGUGACAUUGACAUCAUGAAAUAUGAAUGUCUGGUCAUUUUUUCAAAGAAUUAUAUGAACAUAAUUUACUGUUUAUUUAGCAUACAACAUUCUUAUUUAUUUUCAAAAUACAACUUUAAACAUUAAUUAGUGCUUAAGUAAUAAUGUAUCUUACUAAACUUUAGGCUUCAAUUUAAGAAAAAGUUGCUCGUUUUAGUUUGCAAUAUUUAUUGAAUAUAAAAAUGAUUUUGUUACAUUCAGUUGCCUCAAACUUUUAUAGAAAAUUUGGCCGACAAUACUCUCAGUUAAAAUAUUACAAUUCAUUAUGUAUCGGAUCCUAUCGAAUUGUACACCGAGAAAGUUUUUUUGCAAUAAAUAUAAAUAAAAAAUUAAGUAGGUGUAUUUAUACUUCUACCAUUUUUAAUGAUAAAAGUGAAGUGAAGGAUUCCAAGGAAAUCGCAGAUAAAUUAAAUACAAGUGAUUUAGCGAAAGAGACGAAAAAUUCACUCAAAGAGAAAUCAUUAGGUGAUAUAAUAGUUAAGACUGAAACUGAUGCAGACAAUGUUGUUACUACAGUAACUAUAGAGAAAGCUAAGCCCAAAGAAAGUCAAGAAAAUGUUAAUAAAGUGGUUUCACCUCCAAAAAAGAAAAGGCUUUUGAUUGAUUUUUCUGCUUCAUACACUGAGCGAAAUUUUAUAACACCUAUGAGAGCUAUGACUGAAUACUUACUGAAGCAGUCAGACUUGGAGAUAUUGCCAAAAGUCUUAAGAAGAUCACCAUAUGAGGCAGAACCACCUAUUACAGUUUAUUAUAGGAAAGAUGUUGAAGCUAAAGCCAUUGAGAUUUGGGGUUCAAAAGAAGCUCUUGAUAAAGAACUUUUACGUAGAGAAUUGGAUAGAAGAAGAUAUGAGCAAGAUGUGUUUACUGUCAAAAGGCGACUUAGAAAUUAUAGGAGAGAAAUGGGCCAUAAAAGGUUGAAGCAUGGAGUGGAAGAAAUGGGAUUAAAAACAGUCUCAGGAAGAGUUGUGUUAACAGCUGUUGGAAUAAAUGGUUGUAACUUUCUAUUUAAGCUUUGUGCAUGGUUGUACACAGGAUCACAUAGCUUAUUUUCUGAAUGCAUACAUUCUCUUGCUGAUACUGUUAAUCAACUUAUAUUAGCAUAUGGGAUACAUAAGUCUGUACAAAUUGCAGAUCCUGACCAUCCAUAUGGCUAUACAAACAUGAGAUAUGUAUCUUCGUUGAUAUCUGGUGUUGGUAUCUUUUGUGUGGGAUGUGGCUUGUCAUUCUACCAUGGGGUCACUGGUAUAAUAGACCCUCAACCACUGCAUGAUUUUUACUGGGCCUAUUUUGUCCUUGGUGGAGCUGUUGUUUCAGAAGGGGCUACAUUAAUGGUAGCUCUAAAUGCCAUCAAAAAAGGUGCAAAAGAAGCUAACAUGAGCUUGUAUGAAUAUGUCAUGCGAAGUUCAGAUCCAUCAGUAAAUGUUGUUUUGUUUGAGGACACUGCAGCAGUGGCCGGUGUUAUUGUAGCAGGAAGUUGUAUGGCAAUAUCUCAGUAUACAGGAAGUCCACUGCCAGAUGCAAUAGGUUGCAUUCUGGUAGGCACUCUGCUUGGUGGUGUAGCAUCUUUUAUCAUACUUAGCAAUGUUGGUGCUCUUAUUGGAAGAUCAAUUCCACAAGAACAAUUAGAUGAGAUAAAUAGUGUGUUAGAAAGGGAUUUCAUGAUAAGAGCUAUACAUGACGUAAAGGGUAUAGACAUAGGGAGUAAUCUUAUAAGAUAUAAGGCGGAAGUAGACUUUGAUGGUAGAGCUCUAACUAGAUCAUAUUUAGAAAAACAUGACUUAAACAUGUUAUUAGAGGAUAUGAAAAAAAUUGAUACCAUAGACGAUGUAGAGGCAUUCUUACUAAAACAUGGAGAAAAUAUUGUUGAUAUGUUGGGAGGAGAGAUUGAUAGGAUAGAAUUGAAAUUAAGGAAAAAGUUUCCACAAAUUCGCCACUGUGAUUUGGAGAUUCUAUAAGAAAAAAUAAUGUAGCUUACUGGCUUAUGACUUAUAUUAACUCAAAUAGCAGUUAUUUAAAAAAAUAUCAGUUAAAAUUAUCAAUAUAAAGUCAAAAACAUGCAGAAACUACAUAAAUGCGCUUUAAUGAAAUUCUGCAAUUGGUGAUAGUUUAAACCCAUAUUUAGAUCUCUUUAUAUCUCAUGCAAUAAGCAACCUGGGGAUAAUUACUUAUAACUAUUCAUAAAAAAAUUGAAAAUUUUAAAUGAUAAAUUAUCCCUUGUAGAAAAUAAAUGUUAUUAAAUUAUUUGCAAUUUAUUUUUGUUUAGGACGUAAAUAAUUUUACCAUUUAUCUAGAUAGAAAGUAUAAAAUAUUAAAUUACUCCACAAUACUUUCCGUAAACUAACACCUUUUUUAAAAGUAUACAUUUAGAUUUACCUGUUUGUAAGUGUGAGUGAAAUCUGGAAAUUAAAUUUUGACUCAGUUCCACCCAAUUGAGAGCUAAAAAUUUACAUUUUUGGUGCUGGUGACAAUACUAUUUAGUGUAUUAAAUUCUAUUAGUGUCAGUACCUAUAGGGAUUAAACCGAAGUUUUUUUUAUAAAAAUACAAUUUUAAAUCACUGCUAUUUUUAAAGAAUACUUUAUUAUAAGUUCAUAAUAACAGUGUUUUUAAAAUAUUUGCGGUCUCCAUUGCAGUUUAAUUCAUAUAUUUUGAAUUUCUAUUAUUCAGAUGCUUUCAGGCGUUAUAAAUUUUGUAUAUCAUGGAUAUUUUAUAAUGUCUAAUAUUAUUUAUAAACCUCUGUGAUUUUAUUGUAUAUAGGUUUUACAGAGUUAAGUAUAAAUAGAUGUAUCUUAAAACUCAUUAUGACUGUAAAUACAAUUGUUGAAUGACAA